GGCCGGCCUCGUCUUCCUCUAACCAGCCCCACUCCCUCACAGGCCGAGGCCGGCACUGGAAACUCCUCUCCCUCUCCCAUGGCGCCACCGCCCAAACCCCUCCACGCCUCCUUCCUCUGCUCCCUCGCGCUCGCGCUCCUCCGCGCCGGCCGCCUCUCCGCGGCCUCCCACGUCGCCGCCGCCCUGCCCGCCGCCUCCCCUCCCGCGGCCCUCCUCCGCCGCCUCGUCCCAGCGCUCGCCUCCUCGGGCCUCGCCGCCGCCGCCGUCCGCUUCCGCCCCGUCCCCGGCGACCCGCUCACCCUCAACUCCAUCCUCCUCUCCCACUGCGCCCUCCGCUCGCUCGGCCCCGCGCUGGCCCUCCUCCGCUCUUCCGACUCCGUCGACACCGUCAGCUACAACGUCGUCAUCUCGGGCCUCUCCGAGCACGGCCGCCACGGCGGGAGUCUCGCCCCGGCCCUGCUCGCGGAGAUGUGCAAGCGCGGGGUCCCGUUCGACGCCGUCACGGUCAACGCGGCGCUCGCGGGGCUCUGCAGGAGCGGCCAGGUCGAGGGGGCGGCGGCGCUGGCCGAGAUGAUGGUGCGAGGCGGGGGGAUCCAGCGGCUGGAUGUGGUGGGCUGGAACGCUCUCAUCGACGGGUACUGCAAGUCGGGAGACGUGGCCGCCGCGCUGACAGCAGCCCAGACGAUGCGGGCGCAGGGGGUGGGAGUCGAUGUCGUCGGGUACAGCACCUUGAUUGCGGGGCUAUGCCGCGCCGGCGAGGUCGAUGCUGCGCGGGACAUGCUGGACACGAUGAAGGCCGACGGGGUGGAGCCGAACGUGGUGACGUACACGACGUUCAUCGCUGAUUGCUGCAGGAGGAAGGCCAUCGAUGAUGCAUUCAGUUUGUAUGAGGAAAUGGUGAGGACGGGCGUCCUGCCGGAUGUGGUCACACUCAGCGCUCUCGUCGACGGGCUUUGCAGGGUCGGGCGGUUCUCGGAGGCGUACGCGCUUUUCAGGGAGAUGGAGAAGGUUGGGGCUGCGCCGAACCAUGUCACAUACUGUACGCUGAUUGAUUCGCUGGCGAAAGCACAGAGGGGCAGCGAGUCGCUCGGUCUGUUGGGGGAGGUGGUCUCCAGAGGCGUGGUCAUGGACUUGGUCAUGUACACAGCUUUGAUGGACUGGUUGGGCAAGGAAGGGAAGAUCGAUCAAGUCAGGGACAUGCUUCGGUGUGCUCUGGCAGAGAAUCAUACCCCCAAUGGCAUCACUUACACCGUGCUGAUCGACGCACUCUGCAGAGCUGGCGAUGUUGAUGGGGCAGAGCAGGCGUUGCUAGAAAUGGAGGAGAAAUCCGUCAGUCCAAAUGUUGUUACACUCUCGUCGAUCAUCAAUGGCCUUGUUAAGCAAGGAUUGCUUGGCAAGGCAACUGAUUACAUGAGGAAGAUGAAGGAAAGGGGAAUUGAUCCAAAUGUUGUGACCUAUGGAACAGUUAUCGAUGGCUUUUUCAAGUGUCAGGAGGGGCAAGAAACAGCUCUUGACGUGUACCAUGAAAUGUUGUGUGAUGGUGUGGAACCAAACAAAUUUGUUGUAGAUUCACUGGUCAAUGGUCUGAGAAAGAAUGGGAAAAUAGAGGAAGCGGAAGCAUUCUUUAGAGACAUGAAUGAACGAGGAAUGUUGCUAGACCAUGUAAACUAUACCACUUUAAUAGAUGGGCUUUUUAAAGCCGGUAACAUGGCUGCUGCUUUCAAGGUUGGUCAGGAGUUGACGGAGAGAAACUUGUUACCUGAUGCUGUUGUCUACAAUGUGUUUGUCAAUUGCCUUUGUAUGCUUGGGAAAUCUAAGGAAGCAGAAUCAUUUUUGAAAGAGAUGCAAAAUACAGGCUUAAAACCUGACCAAGUGACAUAUAACACUAUGAUCGCUGCACAGUGCAGGGAAGGAAAGACUGCCAAAGCUCUAAAACUCCUCAGUGGAAUGAAGAGGAGUUCUAUAAAGCCAAACCUCAUAACAUACAAUACACUUAUUGCGGCUCUUUUUGAGGCUGGGGCUGUUGAGAAGGCGAAGCAUUGUUUAAACGAGAUGUCUUCUUCUGGAUUCUCUCCGACCUCUCUGACUCACCGAAGGGUGCUGGAAGCAUGCUCCCAAAGUGGGAGACCGGCCAUGAUUUUGGAAAUUCAUGACUGGAUGAUGGGUGCUGGGCUUUGUGCUGAUAUCACUGUCUAUAAUACACUUGUGCGUGUUUUGUGUUACCAUGGAAUGACAAGGAAAGCCGCGGCUGUCUUGGAAGAAAUGUCGGGAAGAGGAAUUGCCCCAGAUACCAUUACGUUUAAUGCUCUAAUCCUUGGUCAUUUCAAGAGCAGCCAUGUAGACAAUGCGUUUGCUACUUACUAUCAGAUGCUUCACCAUGGGGUCUCACCUAACGUAGCUACGUUCAACACGAUCUUGGGUGGGCUUGAGUCCGCUGGAAGAAUCGGAGAAGCAAACAAGGUGCUGAACGAGAUGGAGAAAAGUGGCAUUGAACCCAGCAAUCUGACAUAUGACAUACUGGUCACAGGAUAUGCAAAACAAAACAAUAAAGUGGAAGCAAUGCGUUUGUAUUGUGAGAUGGUGGGAAAAGGCUUUCUUCCAAAAGUAAGCACAUAUAAUGCACUUAUAAGCGACUUUGCUAAAGUGGGAAUGAUGAGUCAAGCUAAAGAGUUGCUCAACGAAAUGGAAAAGAGGGGUGUUGUACCCACAUCCUGCACCUACGAUAUUCUUGUGAGUGGAUGGUCAAAGCUUAGAAAUGGAAAUGAAGUGAGAAGAUUUCUCAAAGAUAUGAAGGAAAAAGGAUUCAGUCCAUCCAAAGGCACUAUUAAUUCUAUAUGCAGAGCAUUUUCGAAGCCAGGGAUGAACUGGGAAGCUCGGCGUUUGCUUAAAAAACUAUAUCAGGUUUAGGAAUGCCAAGUGUUGAUUUCUUAUCUACCAAGCAUAGAGCAUCUGAUGGAGAAUGUUCUUAGUUUGACAAGACAACUGCAGUCAGGGUGCUUAUUGUUGCAGUGUCCUGUCCUUCCGCAGCUCGCAACACCCCGUCAAGCGUUACAGCAAGCUACUUGCUGAGAUAAUCCCUGAGUCACCUGAUGACCCGUCAAAUGAGUAGAAGACCAUGAAUUAUAUGAAAUAUCCCCACACGCUCCAAAG